AUGGCGUGCAUUAUGAUGAUUAAGGACAUGUACAAUGGAGUUAAGACUCGUGUGAGUACAAUGCGAGGAGACUUGGAUUACUUCCUAGUGGUAAUGGGGUUGCAUCAAGGAUCGGCUCUUAGCCCAUUUUUAUUUGCCCUAGCGAUGGAUGUGCUGACGUGUUACAUUAAAGGAGAGGUGCCAUGGUGUUUGUUAUUUACAGAUGACAUAUUGUUGAUUGACGAGACGCGUUGUGUGGUUAAUUCUAGGUUAGAGGUGUGGAGACAGACCCUAGAAUCUAAAGGUUUCAAGUUGAGUAGGACGAAGACAAAAUACUUAGAGUGUAAGUUUAUUGUUGGGGCUCAUGAAGCAGAAGUGGAAGUGAAGCUGGAUACACAAGUUAUCCCUAGGAGAGAUAGUUUCAAAUAUCUUGGGUCUGUGAUACAGGAUAAUGGGGAGAUCUACGAAGAUGUCGCACAUCGUAUUGGAGUGAGAUGGAUAAAAUGGAGGCUCGCUUAUGGUAUUUUGUGUGACAAGAAUGUGCCACCUAGACAUAAGGGAAAGUUCUAUAAAGCGGGUGUGAUUUCGUCUGAAAUCACACCGGAGAACUCGCAUAUAGAAGAACCAGGAACCCUAGGUCUCAAAUCGCCAUGGUCCAUAAGCCUCGAAGGUCCUCGAGGUGUUGAACAGGACGAUGAGAGGUCCAUCGGAGCCUUGGGGUUGAAAGGAGGUGGCCGGAGAUGGCCGGGGAGGCGGUGGAUUCAUCGGAGAGAACCAGAAGGUUCUAGAGGGAAGGGAGACCAAGAGUCAGUAUAG